UCCAAUUGAACCUCAGCACUCUGCACACUUUGUGAAUACUGAAAAAAACACAUUUAAAACAUUUUCAUAUAUUUUUUGUCAGCAAGCCCACGAUUUCCGCAAGCUUGCCUAUUAAUCAUCAUGAUGAUACAGGAAAUUAUCCUUGUCCUAUCCAGCAUGAUACUUUUUACAUCUGGGACGAAUGGACAAAUCAUUAUCAUCGGAGGAUUCGUGGGCGGGUGUCUUCCGGUCGCAGGGUAUGACUGGGAUUGUGGCCUAGUCUUGGAUUUUGCUUGUCGGUUACGGGGUAAAGUUGGCGUGUGUGUGGGGCAUUCCCUUCCCGCUUUGGGGGACCGGCAUUUCUGCGAAUGCUGGGAUAAGUGUACCUCAACCGCUGACUGUUCCGCGCUCGAAUACACCUGCGACCGUUUAACUCGCCAGCAGAGAGCUUAUCCAAGUUUCGAUCCCGCAAGCAGCACGUGCGGUUGCUAUUCGACAAGGUGUUCCACGGAUGCUGAAUGUUCAAAUCUUGUGGAAACAUGCGGCCUCCACGGGAAACCACCGAACGCAAAAUGCCUUCAAGGAUAUUGCAUCUGUGCUAACUGAAUUAGAAAAACAGAGAUUGGAUCGUGAUAUUAUGAUAAACUUUAACAUUUUAGUUACAUCAAAUUAUAGUUUUACCAAAUAAAUAAUUGCUACUUCACUUUA